UUUAUAAAAACUGUAAAACAUUUAAAUUUUUAAAAUCUCUGCCUUAUUUAAUUUAAAUUAAAUUAUCCGAUUUCAAAGGUGAAAUGUGCUUUCAUCUCGAAAUUAUCUGCAUAAUAUUUUAUGCAAGUUAUUCGCAAGGAUGCGUGCAGGUGUGAACAUUUUAAAAUUGACGCUCUGUUGAGCGUCCAUCGCGUGGCAAAAAUGGACCGAAUGACUGUAUUUAGGGCAUGUGUAAAACUUUCAAAUGACUUUGCAGCCCUAAAAGGGGGAGGGGGGGUUCUAGAAGUUUCUGGAUGAGAGAUGAGACAGGCUUUCGCACCUUUUCCAGGGGAUAGAGCUUUAUCGUUUCACUUCGUUGCACAAUAGAAAAUUCCCUUCCUCACCUUUCGACUAUAUUGUGUUCCGGUCCAUCUCCUUCCCGUUCCACAUAAAUUUUCGGGGGUAUUUACACGCAUAAAUUUGCUUCUUGAACCAAUUUUAAUUGAAUCCCACACCCAUAAGCGUGUCACAAUCGAAAGGGAAAUCCUAUUCAUCUGGAUUUAGUCAAAGAGCUGCCGCCCUAAAGCCACAUCAUACUCCCCUUUUCGGGUCACUUUCAAACUUUCUCCCACCCACUGAAAUUGUUCACCCACUAAAUUUCCCCAUACAUGAGCAACCUUCCAUACCAAAUGAUGUAGGUCGAUAUUUGAUGCAUUUCUGUGUUAGUAAAAUAGUCUCUUUUUGAGCAAUUAAUUUGUUAGAACUUUUGCAAAGAAAUUUCUCACAGUAGUGCGUAUAACAUCGCACAGAAUGUGCUGCUGACUCUUGGAAAGUUUCUAAAUUUGUUAUUUGACUGUCUUACGCUUUUUGUAAGUUAAAGCGACGGAACUUUCAUAGAAGUGGUUGGGGAAUUGUUGAAAAUUAUUUUGCAGAUUUAUCGAGAAGCCAGAGAAUUAAGUGAUUUUCUGGGACGAUAGACAAUGGAGUAAAUAAAGUAUAGAAAUAGAGUGAACAAAGCAGUUAAGGAAUCUUCAGAGACAAUAGGUAGAGUAAGACGAUGUGCAAGAAUGCUUGAGGAGAUAUGGCGGAUUUCAAGCGAAUAAACUGUUUAAGAGUGUAAAGCGGCGUCCACGGACGUCGCCAUGAGGCGACGACGAGUGACGCUGCUGCUGAUUGAGUUGGCCCUUGUGGUCACCUUGGCUGCCGCUCGUGGUCCACCACCACCUAUCCUACGUCCCCGGGACGGCGAUCCCUUUGACACUCUACCUAAGAGUUUCUGGCAGGAAUUUUCCUCACCAUUCACGGAUACUCCCGAAGGAGGUGAUACGGACGACAGCGCAGAGUCUUUGGAGACAACCACCCGCGAACCACAACCCUUCUUUGAGGAACCUCUAGCCGCAGCCAACAUAACAACACAGUUAGGAAGUCACGUUCAUCUCCAUUGUCGUGUGAAUGAUCUGCGAGAGAAGACGGUCUCAUGGGUCCGACGGAAGGAAGAUCAAUUGCAGCUAAUCACAUUCGGUCGGCACACCUACAGCAGCGACUCACGGUACCAACUCGAAUAUCAACCUCCUAACGACUGGCAACUCCUCAUUCAGUUUGCCAAUGAACGCGACGAAGGACACUAUGAGUGUCAGGUCUCCUCCCAUCCACCUCUAGUCUUCCUGGUUUACCUCACAGUCGUGGUACCACGAGUUGAGAUUGUGGAUGAACGAGGUGGCGCGGGAGCGGAUAAAUUUUACAAAGCAGGAAGCACAAUUGAGCUGAAAUGCGUCAUCACGAAGGUGCCACAGCCUACGACCUAUGUAACGUGGAAACACGGCCAGCGAAUGCUCAACUACGACACAAGCAGAGGCGGCAUCAGUGUGAAGACUGAUUUAAAAAUUGGCGGUGCCGUGAGUCGUCUGUACAUUGCCAAUGCAAAUCGCUAUGAUUCCGGUAACUACACUUGCGCCCUUGCCGAUGUAGCCAUGAAUACGGUCACCGUCCAUGUACUUAAUGGUGAAAAUCCUGCCGCAAUGCAACAUGGAAGCUCCGCAAGAUGGACUCCAUUAGCCUGGUCAACUCUUCUAACAUUUUUUCCAAACUUUAUCGUCACUUUUCGGUGACGAUUGGGGUUUUUCGGUGGAUAUCCUGUGUAGAUAAUGAUUUAUCUCAGUGAAGUUAUGGGACACUAUAUCAGUGGAUAAAAAUCUUCACAGCACUCUCUAUGGUGACAUGAAUGCAUAAGCAACUGCUGAAGUGAAAGACUGUUUCGUAAAGCGAAUUGUGCAGAGUGACUUUUGAACUUUCACAAGAUAGAGAGAUUUUCUCAUGAAAAAUUCAUUGUAUGACCGGAUGGUAAGGUGAAGUAUCAGAUACGUAAACUAGUGAUAGUAUACCUACAAGUAAGUUUUGAAAAGAGAAAAUUACUAGUGAAUGUUUUAUCUUGAAUUAGAUAUCUUGGAAAAUUAAAUGUUGAUAGAGUCAAA